AUGGCGGAGGACUCCCUGUUUAGUAGUGAUUAUGGCAGCCCAUGUCCUUUAUGUGAAGAGGAAGGUGAGAGGCCUUGUCUGGCACUCACUGUCAAUGAACAACAAAGAAAUGUGGAUGGAGAAGCGGAGUUAAAAAGAGACAAAAAUGGUGAUAUAAAUGAAGAGAAAAAAGAAAAGGCAGAAAUGGUGACAAAAGGAUUUGGUGAGACAGAUGAAGAAUAUAAUAAUGAAGGUGGUGCAGAGUUUGAAAUGGGCAAAAGUAAUAUAGAAAUGAUGGAGAAUAAAAGCAAGCAUGAUGCGAGUGGUGACCUGGUCCCUCCGUCACAGGAGAAGAGUGGCCUACAGCUAGAUUCCAGCAGCCCAGUAAAUCUGGUGAUGGUGUGUGAGGAUUCUGUUGAGAACAGUGUAAACAAGGAACUCCUGCUGUGUCCUGCCAAGUCCCUCACCCUUUCGCAGACCCCUUUGAUAUCUUCUCCUCCCACCCCAAAUCCUCUGCCUCUCACACUGCCACCUAGAAAUUCCUCUGCGUUUCAGCUACAAACACAGCCAGUGGUUCAGACCCAGGGCUCAGUGCCCACACCAGUGCCACAGGUUCCCUGUCUGACCAAGCGUGCAUAUGAGGGCAGCCCAUCUGUGGAGCCCCAAUCACUCACCUGUUCUGGACAGCCGGAGGUGACGCUACAGCAGGUGUACACCACACGCCGCUACACCCGCUUCACCAGCCGGUCUAUGCCAUUAAAAUCGGUGCAUCCAGAGACUAGCUCCCAGCCCUUACCAUGUGUCAGCAAUACAUCUUUACAGGCACCAGCACCCAAAAAGAAAACGCGUACCUCCUACAGCACUGAUCAGUUGGAGGAGCUAGAGAGAAUGUUUCAAGAUGAUCAUUAUCCAGAUGCAGACAAGCGGAAAGAGAUUGCAAUAUCAGUUGGUGUCACACCCCAGAGGGUCAUGGUAUGGUUUCAGAAUCGGCGUGCCAAAUGGCGUAAAACCUCAAAAACGACAACAAGAAAGCCUCCUGUGACUCGGACCCAGGCAGCUGCCCAAGCCCCAGUCCACAGGCCUCCUGUUGUCUCAGGUUCUGCGAUUGCAUCCCUACCCCCCCAAACUGGGGAAACACUCCCUCCUUACAGUACGCUGCUCACUAGCUGCACAAGCCCACCAGACCCAAGAUGCAUGGAUGGGGGGUCAACUACUGUGUCUCAGGGGAGCACAGGGGACUAUAAGAAUCCCUUCAUGCAGAGUCCGCCACCUUUGCGCCGUGCUUCGCUACCCUUCUUUGCUGCAUACAACCCCCCAACACACACACUGUCUGUACUGCUGGACACACCGGAGCACAGCGAACCUCAGUCUUUUGGCAUGCACACUGAUACUGCGUUUAACUAUGAUUCUGUGGUCUCUUCUGCUAAAUAUGAAACUGUUGCCUCUGGUCCUGGAAACACUCCGUCUUACCAGCUCAUGACAUGCCCCCAACAGUCCAGCACAUUAUUGCCUCAGCAACCUAGCACUCUCCUUCCCCAACAAAAUAAUAACGUGCUCCCACAGCAGCUGAACACACUAUUGCCACAAUACUCACGAGUUUCAUACCUCACCCCAUCUCCAUAUCUGACCCCUAACUCGAGUGAGAGCACUACCAAUUCCUGUAUGCCCCUGAACCCGGGAACCAGUAGCAGUGUGCUGCCCUGCACCAACGGAGGGCAUGCUUACUUUCAGUGCCAAAAUGGCAGCCAGAUUCUAAUGCAACCUGGGCUACAGGCACUGCAGGCAUACCCAUGGACUGGUGACAUGUACAGUCAUUCAGUUCAGGUUCCACACACUGUCCUAAAGCCCCAGUUCUCAUCCCAUGGUUCUGAGAGCCACUAUCCUUCACUGGUCCCACCCCAGUCUUACAUCACAUCUCAGGGGCCAUCAUGUCCAAGCCUGGCUAAACCGGCCACCCCUGACCCCUUGCUGGCCAGUGUCAAAACAGAGCUGGAGGAAACGGGAUACAGUCAGCCAGCCAAAGUCAGCGAGUCAGAGACUAUUUUCCAUUGUGACUUCUCACCCCUUCACUUCUGA